AUGUAUAGUCUAUCUAUUGGUUCAGCACUUCCGAGCAUCGAUGUUUCUAUAGUCCUUGCAAUCAUGACGGACAUGGGCAGUGAAUUUCAAAGAGCGAAUCUUUCCACAUGGAUCUAUAGUGCAUAUACUCUAUGCGCACUAAUCAUGAUUCCAGCAGUCGGAGGGCUGUCCAAUGCAUUUAACCGUAAACCCAUCCUAGUUAUAAACACAUGUGUGUUUCUGAUGGGCAGUAUCCUGUGUGGAUUCUCACAAAGUUUUCCUCAAGUCAUUGUUGCAAGAGCAGUCUCUGGUCUUGGAGCCGGACCCACCAGCCUCAUGUCCAACAUGAUCAUCCACGAUGUUGUGCCCAAGGAGCAGCGAACGUCCUACCAGUCUUACAUAAGCACUGUACAAACGCUUGCUUUUUCCAUUGGAUCGCCACUGGGUGGUUUUAUUUCGGACACGAUCGGCUGGAGAUACUGUUUCCGGAUCAACAUACCGCCACUCGUCCUUAUUCUGUAUUUUUAUUUCUUCCAUUUGGAGAACUACAAGGCACCCAAUCAGCAGCAAGAACAGAAGAAUGGAGACUUGACCCUCCGAGAAAAACUCGCAAGGGUCGAUUUUGGUGGCAUUUUCUUGAUUACCGCGGCGAGCUUUUUGUUUACAUCUGCGUUCCUGCUUGGUGGAAACAUCCUGGCUUGGACCCAUCCGUUCAUCGUGACUGCACUGGUCGUUGCUCCUGCGAUCUAUGGCUUGUUUGUCAUACAUCAGCACCGGUGGGCGAAGCACCCCAUGCUACCACGUACCGUGUCCACGAAUCGAAACUUUGUCAAUGCGUGUCUGUGCGUUGGGUUUUCAGCUGCAAGUGAAGCAUCUGCAGUCACAAUCAUUCCUCUGUUUCUCAUGGUUGGGUUGCAUUUUACCACUGCAAAAUCCGGUGUUUGGCUCAUGAUCGAAGCUUUUUCUGUCCCUGUCGGGUGCUUUAUAGCAGGACGCUACAUCCGAUCCUCGGGUCGCUUCUCUUGGCUAUUGCUGUUUAACCGUGUACUGUGUGCUGCAUCGUUUGUGAUUCUGUAUUUCUGGAUUGGCAGUGAUGUUUCAAUGGCUGCAGGAACGGUGGGCAUUGUUCUUCAAGGCAUGAUGUUUGGUUUUACCGUCGUUAUUUUGGUCAUUGUUGCUUCCAACACGGUAUCUCAAGAGCUCGUACCCUCUGCACUCUCCAUAUACAUGCUAUCGCGAAGUGUAUCGUUUCUGAUGGGUACUUCAAUUACGUCAGCAAUCAUUCAAAGUGUGUUGAAAAUCUUGUUGACGGAAAAAGUGAAUGGACCCGAUGCUGAUCAGGUAACUUGUUAUCUUUUUUUUUUCCUUUUGGCGACAAAGUAG